UGCGGCGGAAUAAUCUAGACAACCAUUGUGUUGCAUCAUGAAGACCACCGGGCUGUUGGUAUUGUUGGCAAUCGUAGCAUCGGUACAGUGCAAGCCUGCACCCGAUACUGCACCACCAUAUUACGAAGGCAAGUCAGAGCCUUAUGGAGAAUCAAAUGCCAACCAAGCAAAUAUCAGGAACCAAUCAGGUUACGGUGAUGGUAGCAAGCUGCAUGGAGAUAGCGUUCAAAAAGGUGAGGCAGACAAUCUCAACCAGGCGGAUUUGUACAACCAGUACACAAAAGGUAGUCAUAGCAAACAGAAGAAUAGAGCUCUUCAAGAAGGUGCAGGAAAUAAUGUGAACCAGGCUAUUAAUGGCAACCAGUAUACGGUUGGCGAUGAUGCUCAACAGAAUACUGCUCGAAGCCAAUAUGCUACAGGAGACAACACAAAUCAAUACGCUUCAGGCAAUCAAGGUGUGAUUGGUGACAAUAGUAAGCAAAAAUUUGCUGCUGAACAAAAUGCAUAUACAAAUAAUGAAAAUGGUGAGAAUAUCGACAGAAGCGCUUCUUUGAAUCAACAGAAAGUAAAAGUUGAUGACGAUGAUAAGAAAUCAUCAGCCCAUGUUGACCAGGUCAGCGGAAGCGAUAUUUACUCCAAAAGGACUAAUGAACAUGGAACCACUUCAGACAGACUGAGAACUGGCACGAAAUCAUCCGGUACCACUUAUGUUGAUGAUGACAGAUCGUAUGCUAAUGUAAAACAGCAAAGUCAGAGUGAACAUGUUUCUAAAGAGGAUGAACUAUAUAAAGAUGGUAAGAAAUCAACUGAACAUGUCAACGGUGUCGACAAUAAAUCUUCAGCUACAAGCGAAACGACUGACAAAGGCACAGCGCGUAAAGCUGAACAGUCAACUAAAACCAACCAUUCUGAUAAAGAAGUAAUUGACAGACCUGGUUUCCAUUCUACCGAAACUUCUUCUUCAACUUCCAGUUCUAGCUCCACAUUCUCGGACUUCCACAGCGGCGAUGAUGCACCAGGAAGUCUAGAUCAAGCAGAUCAAACUCAAUCAAACAUAGGCCAUGAUUGGACUACUCAUAACAUCGCUAAACAAAACCUGAACCAUGUUAAAACCAGCAGAGGCAAAGCAUCAGCAAAGAAUAGUCAACAAAAUCAAGAUUCGCUAGCAACAAAUAAUGAGCAAGGCUCACACCAGGCUGCCGCAAACCAACAAUCAAACAGCCAAUUAGAAUCAACAAGGAAAGGUUCCGAAGCGUCUGGAAAUCAACAGACUUCGGUUGGUCAAUCAACCCAUAACAAGGCUGGCACCAACAACCAAUCAAUCCUUAACAAUCAAUCUGCAAACAGUGAUCCACAUGACAGCGGCUACUCACAUCCUUGAUCACGAAAGUCACUUUUAGUUUAGAUGACAGUCAAGUCAAUAACAACAUUUAAAUUACCAACCAGAAAAAUUAAUAAAAUAUGACAUAUUCUUGAAAAAAAUUUCAAAAUUCUUUUAUACUUACACUCGACUAUGUAUUUUUUUCAUUUUGGCCUUUAAGA